AUGGACGAAGCCAUGGAUUACGCAUAUCAUCAUCCGGAGCAGCCUCAGGGUCAGGCACAGAAUCCGUACGCACAACAGCGACCACGAUGCCCUUAUUUCCUCAACAGAGAAGGCCAACAGCAACUCCCUGGGAUGCCACAGCAUCGCUCAACAAUGCACUACGACCCUGUUCACUCCUCAGCGAAUUACCCAAAUUGGCAGCCUCAAGUGCCACCGAUACCUGGGCCAUAUCACUGGCAACACCAACCCCACAUGAUGAACCACCGGGGACAUCCGGCACCCCAACACCGGCCUUCGAACUCGGGCUCUGAGGCACCUUACUACAACCAUGUACCUGUUCCGAACUUUGGCAAUGUGGCUGGUGGCUACUCAGGGGCACCCCCAAGCGAGAUGGUAGGCCCUCCAACCAUGCAGCCGUCGUUCCCUCAUACGCAGCUCCCUCCGGUAAGAUUCAAUCUUUCGACAGCCCUACCAGCAGGCCAUCCGGCACAAGGCCAGCCGUUCUACACCAGCUCUGAGAGGAACUUUGGUGGGCAAAAUGCUGCACCUCGCCACAACGCCUUUAACACGGCUUCUCACUCUGUGAAUACAUCAACUCCUCCCGUAGCACAAACUAGCUCAGAACACCUUGUGGCAGCCCUGAAUCCUCCCCAGAUCGAGACAUCAGACUCUACUGGAGGUACAAAUCAAGCACCAUCUUCCGGGGCCAGCAUCCAGUUUGGAUCUGCUCCUCCUUCAUCUGCUCUCCACCGCAGCACUGCAACCUUCCCCAAUCCGCCGCGUGACGUUCACCAACCUAAUUCAGGUGAGUGGGGUUUGCCUGUACCUGAGACUCCAUCUGCUAAUGAUGCCCGGAAUAUCACAGGCGCCUCAUCUUCUGGAGCCUCGAGCUCAUCAAGCAGCUUGGGCUCGCAUCACCAUUCAGAGCGACGUCGAGUUCCUGCCAUUCGGCGCGCGUCCAGAAGACAAAGCCCUCUUUCCGACAGUGAUGUCGAUUCCGACCGAAGCGCGCUCGAACAGGUCAUAGCAUUGGCUGGAAAUCCAACGCAAAUGGCACGUCAUAUUAUGACUCUGGAAGAAGACCACGUUCGGGCCGCUCAGUUCAUGCGUGGCUCUGUGACCACGAAAUAUGUGGCGUCUUCGUCGGCUAUCCAAUCUCUUCAGAGCGUUCCGAUUACCGAGCUAUCAGAAAGCGAAAGAACCUGCGUCAUCUGCUACAAUGAAUUCGGUGUGGAAACACCCGAGGGCGUGAAGGAGGCUCCGCUGCGACUGCCCAAAUGCAAACAUGUGUUUGGUGAUCACUGCAUCAAGAAAUGGUUUGAGGAGUCUGACAGCUGCCCUUACUGCAGAGACAAGGUGCCGCACGAAGCCCGGAUCACAUCCACACACCCAAACUUUGACCGGUACUACCGCAAUCGUGGUCAGGUGAACCUUGGAGGUCUUGCUGGUUACGCUGGCUAUAUGCGAGACAGGGACGCCAGUCUUGCACAGGACGACUCAAACCGCUCGCAAGGAUCUGGAUCUAGCCAUGGUGAACGCCGCUCUCCCCCGACAGACAGCGGUGAAAGUCGGCGUAGGAUUCGACCUCGUACUGGCAUUCAAGGGCCAGGGUCACCAACAUUCAGCAGCAGCCGGCCCAGACCAGUAUCCAGCGCAUACGAAAGUAGUAGGAGAGCGCAUGCUACAAUUCCUGCUCUGCUCCCACCUCGUGGAGCUUUCCCAUCCAACGGCUCCAGUCGUACGAACCACGGUGCUAUAUCACAGGUGUCGUUUUCCGGUUCCAACCUGCAUCAACACCAUCAUCAGGCGACUGGCUUUGCAGGUCAAGGAGAGAACGGGAGCGCCUCGACGCAGGGAGUUCCGAUACUCGCACGCCACCCUAACGGAGCUGCGCCAACCGCUCUUGGCGUGCCUGAAGGGCUCCAUGGGAACGGAUAUCUGAACCCCGCGAACCGAACCUCCUUGCCGGCAGUCCUUCCGGGCCCUUGGAUCGGAGACCUAACAGCACCCGACGAAAGCCAUCGGCGUAUGGUGGGUGGUGAGAAUGGUGUGUCGCUUCAAGCCAACCCAUGGGUACGGGAAUAG